AGACUUACAUGCUCUGACAGCUCACUGGAAAUCAAUGAAGUGUAGUUUAAGAACCAUCGCACUGACGUGAGAUGGUGUGAGACGGUCUUAUUCCCACUUCAGGUGUCUCCCCCUCGGGUUCCACUUCGGAUUUUGAACUACUGCAUUUUCUUUUCAAAACCUCCCUUUCUGAUGGAAAUGCUAUAUUGUUAUAAAGGAAGAAAUUAUCUUUCCUAGCCUGACAUCAUGAUGCUGCCAGCCUUCAUCCUGCUGCUCAUUGUCCUUGGUGUCAUUCCCUCAGGUUUCACUCGUGAUCUUACAGCUGCUGCAGGAUUCAGUUCAAUUGCUGAAAAUGAAGACGCCCUCCUCAGACGCUUAUUCCAAGGUUAUCAGAAAUGGGUUCGUCCUGUAUUAAAUUCUAAUGACACCAUAAAAGUAUAUUUUGGAUUGAAAAUAUCUCAGCUCGUGGAUGUGGAUGAAAAGAAUCAACUGAUGACAACAAAUGUGUGGCUCAAACAGGAGUGGACAGACCACAAGUUACGUUGGAACCCUGAUGAAUAUGGUGGAAUUCGUUCAAUUAAAGUUCCAUCAGAAUCUCUCUGGCUUCCUGACAUAGUUCUCUUUGAAAAUGCAGAUGGACGUUUCGAAGGCUCCCUCAUGACCAAAGUCAUAGUGAGAUCUAAUGGCACCGUCAUUUGGACCCCUCCAGCCAGUUACAAAAGUUCAUGCACCAUGGACGUCACGUUUUUUCCGUUCGACCGGCAGAACUGCUCCAUGAAGUUUGGAUCCUGGACUUAUGAUGGUACCAUGGUUGAUCUCGUUUUGAUAAAUGAAAAUGUUGACAGAAAAGACUUCUUCGAUAAUGGAGAAUGGGAAAUACUCAAUGCCAAAGGGAUGAAGGGCAACAGGAGAGAUGGCACCUACUCCUAUCCGUUCAUCACUUACUCCUUUGUUCUGCGCCGCCUACCCCUGUUCUACACCCUCUUCCUGAUAAUCCCCUGCCUGGGGCUGUCUUUUCUGACAGUGCUCGUGUUCUAUUUGCCUUCUGAUGAAGGAGAAAAGCUUUCGCUAUCAACCUCUGUUCUGGUUUCCCUGACAGUUUUUCUUCUAGUAAUUGAGGAAAUAAUCCCAUCUUCCUCAAAAGUCAUUCCUCUCAUUGGGGAGUACCUGCUGUUCAUAAUGAUUUUCGUUACCCUGUCGAUUAUUGUUACUGUUUUCGUGAUUAAUGUUCACCACAGAUCUUCUUCGACUUACCAUCCCAUGGCCCCCUGGGUUAAGAGACUCUUUCUACAAAAACUUCCUAAAUUGCUUUGUAUGAAGGACCACAUGGAUCGCUACUCUUUCCCAGACAAAGAUGAGAGCCAACCAGUGGUGAAAGGUAAAGUUCUAGAAAAAAGGAAACAAAGACAGAUUAGUGAUGGAGAAAAAGUUCUUGUUGCUUUCUUGGAAAAGGCUGCUAAUUCCAUUAGAUACAUUUCAAGGCAUGUGAAGAAAGAGCAUUUUAUCAACCAGGUAGUACAAGACUGGAAAUUCGUAGCCCAAGUUCUGGACCGAAUCUUUCUGUGGCUCUUUCUGAUAGUGUCAGUUACAGGCUCUGUUCUGAUUUUCACUCCUGCUUUGAAGAUGUGGCUACAUAGCUCCCACUAGGAACACAUCUCCAGAGCAAUCUAAAAUACCAUAAAGACAAAAUCACACCUUAGAACUGACAUCCAGCUAGCAUGUACAUACAGUACCCAAAUGCAUGAGCUUUUUGGAAGGGUCAGCGCCGUCCUCAGGGAAACUGAACACUGGUAAAUGUGGGUUUGCCCACAGUAAAUUCAUGAUUGCCACUGGAGGGAGUUGGGUUUAAGUAAAGCAGAACCCCCUCAGGUCCCUGCCUUGGCUUCUCCAGACGUUCAUGGAGUCAUAUGGUCCAGGUCUGACAUCACAGCCAGGACACACUAGGGCUGCAGGACUAAUGCCCCCAGGAAGCAGGACCAAGGAUGCACACCAGGAAUUCAAGGCAGUCUCUGAGUCAAGCUGUUUGUGUGCACAGACCUGGGUCUCCUGAAUCUACUGGUGUCCUUGGUGGUUUUGCCUGAGUUUGCAAACUGGUGCCAUGUGUCAUGCCUUUGUCGAGAUGUGUAUGAGCAAAUCUCAACAACCCUCUGGGGAAUCACACUGGUCCAACAGGUCUGGCGCAGAUCGCUUGUUAUCGAGAAGAUUCCAAGAUGCCUGUUAACUAAAGCCCCUCCCCUUCCCCCCAACAAAUGUGGUAUUUGUUAAAAACAGUCUCUUGAAUGUGGUAACCUUUAAGGCAGGUGGUAUUCGUGACUUAUUCAUAACACUGUAUAGUUUUUCUGAUGGUGAAACUAGAACCUACUGUGAGUUGUGACUGGCUCUAAGGGCCAUAUCAAAAUAACUUACAAUAGAAACACUGUUAUCUGUUGCCAAGAGUGCAGUCAUUAAAAUGCAUUAUCUUUUCCUAGAAAAUAGAAGUACUGAACAUUCUCUGAUAAUGGGUUUUUAUGUCCUCACAGCCAGUCUAAUCCAUUUCAACAGUACUCUCAAGGCUUUCCAUUCUGCUUCUUUUCUUCCUUUCUUUCUCUUCCUCCUCCUCCUCCCUCUGCCCCCUCCUCCCUCCUCUCCCUCCUCCUCCUCCUCCUCUUCUUCCUCCUCCUCCUCCUUCUUCUUCAGAACAUUUAAGUUCUACUCUCAGCAAAUUUUAAUUAUACAAUGUAGUGUUAUCAACUAGUCACCAUGUUUUACAUAAGAUCUCCAGACCUUAUUUAUUUUAUAACUGAAGUUUAUACCCUGUUGCCAAUCUCUCCCUAUUUUCCCUCCCCAUCAGUCCCUAACAACCACUUUUCUAAGUGUCCACAUGUAAGUGAAACCAUGCAGUAUUUGUCUUUCUCUGUCUGAUUUUUCUCUUCUUAGCACAAUGCCCUCUGCGUUCAUCUAUGUUGUUGCAAAUGACAGAAUUUAAGGCUGAAUUAUAUUCCUCUGUGUGUGUGUGUGUGUGUGUGUGUGUGUGUAAUCACAUUUUCUUGAUCCACUCAUCCAUCAACAGACACAGGUUGUUUUCAUACAUUGGCUAUUGUGGAUAAUGCUGCAAUGAACAUGAGAGUGCAGAUAUUUCUUUGAGAAAAUGAUUUCGUUUCCUUUGCAUACACCCAGAAGUAGAUGGAUCACAUGGAGUUCUAUUUUUCAUUUCUUGAAAAACCUCCGUAACUUUUUUUAUAGUGGCUGUACCAACUUAAAUUCCCACCAACAGUGAAAAGGGGUUUCCUUUUCUCUACAUCCUUGCCAACAUUUGUUAUUUCACAUCUUUCUUAUGGCAGGCAUUCACACAGCUGUGAGGUGAUAUCUCACUGUGGUUUUGAUUUGCAUUUCCCUGAUGUUGAGCACCUUUUAAUGUACCUGCUGGCCAUCUGUAUGUCUUCUUUGGAAGCAUGUCUAUUCAGAUCCUUUACCCAUUUUUAAAUUGGGUCAUUUGGUUUUUUACUGUUGAGUUAUAUGAAAUUUUUGUAUAGUUUGUUAGUUUUCAUACUAACCUCUUAUCAGAUACUUAGUUUCCAAAUAUUUUCUAUUUCGUAGGCUGUCUUUCCAUUUUGCUCAUGGUUUUCUUUGCUGUGGAGAAGUUUAGUUUGAUGCAAUCCCACUCGCUUAUUUUUGCUUUUGUUGCCUUUGCUUUUGGUGUUAAAUUAAAAAAAAAAUCAUUGCCAAGAUGCCCUCCUUUGUUUCCAUGUGUCUCCCUGCCCCUCUGGGAGCACUCGUCACCCAACUUGCCAACUCCCUCUCGAAGAUUCAUCAGGAAGAGUCUGUUCAGAUGCUUUUUGCCCUCCAAAAUUGUUGCUGCCAAAUUCUGAUUUUAACUUGAAGUAAUUGUUCUUUUUUCCAAGAUUUAAAUCUUAAUCCAUUCUGGACUAUUUGGUUUGGGGCAUGUUUCUCAUAAACAGUUUACAGCUGAGACUUGGGGUUUAACCUUUUCACAUGUAUUGUUACCACCCAGAUGGUUAGUCUUAUUCAUGCCAUUUUGUUUUGUGUUUUCUGUGUAAUGUUUUCUUGUCCUUUUUUUUUGUUGUUGUUGUUCCUUUUCAGCUCUGACUGUAUUUGUCUGUUCCUUCCUCUUUACUGGAUUGAAAGUUAUGCAUCCAUUUCUAUUAAUUUAUUAAUAAACAUAUUCAAAUUUCUUUAAUUGGUGUUGGGAUUUAAUGCCCAUAGCCACCACUCUUGAAAUGAAACAGUUCUUUUAGCACUUUCCCUUCCCCUCUUCUUUUAUCACCUUUUAUGUUUUGCUAAAUCAUCCAAAAUUCUAAUUCCAGGUUAUUAAUUUUUUAUGUUAUGUGUCUCUUUCCUCUGAAUAAUUUAUUGACAAUACAUUUUGUCUACAACCACAUUAUAAACAAGUAAUUGGUUUACUCAUUUCUUGGUUUGCCACUUUUUUUCUCCUGUUUUCCUCUUUACCUGAUUUAUUUCAUUAUCUCAGAGGAAUACACCUCCAAGCAAUUCUUUCAGAAACUUUUGAGAGUGGUUACCUUUCUGAAUCCUUGCACUUCUGAAAUUGUAAUGUAUUCUGCUCUCAUAGGUUGAGGAUGGGAUUUUGAGUUCAAAAUCUUUCAUCCUCAGAAUUGUGAAGAUAUUAUUCUACAAUAUCCCAUGUUCUAGAUGAGAAGUAUGGUGAAAGUUGAUUCUUUUUUUUUUAAUAUAUGAAAUUUAUUGUCAAAUUGGUUUCCAUAUAACACCCAGCGCUCAUGCCAAAAGAUGCCCUCUUCAAUGCCCAUCACCUACCCUUCCCUCCCUCCCACCCCCCCCCCCAUCAACCCUCAGUUUGUUCUCAGUUUUUAACAGUCUCUUAUGCUUUGGCUCUCUCCCACUCUAACCUCUUUUUUU